UUCAAAGCCCAAAAGAGAAGCCCAAUACUAGAAACUCAAAAAUUACUGGUCUGAAGGUGGAGAGUGUGGACUUGGUUUUGCGCCACCACCGCUUCCGCCUCCUUCUCUACGGCCGAAACCAGAGGAUUCUGAUUCCUAACACACACAUACACAGUGUAGAGUCAGCGGCACCCACCCCUUGCUUUGAAAUUUGAACCACUUUGUAGUUACAACUUUUCUUUUGUCGCAUUGCUUGCACUCAACAUUUCUUUUUCUUGUCGGAAUUGGAGCUCAAAUGCAUAAGCUUCUGCGGAAGCGAUUUCGAUAAAUGUAUAAGGCUCUUGGCAAGCAACGACUCAUAUACCGUUCUCUCAUCGCCAGCUACGUCAAAGCCGGCCUCAUUGAUAACGCGAUCAAAGUGUUCGACGAAAUGUCUCAAUCAGACUGCAGGAUUUUUUCGGUGGACUACAACAGGUUUCUUGGUGUUUUGAUAAAGAACCAGCGUUUUGAGCUGUCUGAAUAUUAUUAUGAUUCAAUGAAUUCCAAAGGGUUUUCUUUGAAUUCGUUUACUUACUCUAGAUUUAUUUCUGGGUUGUGUGAAGUUAGAAACUUUUACCUUCUUUCUAGACUUUUUGGGGAUAUGGAUAGGCUUGGGAUUGUGCCCGACAUUUGGGCGUUUAAUAUUUAUUUAAAUCUUUUGUGUGGUGAGAGUUUAGUUGAUGAUGCAUUGAUAUUGUUGAGAUUAAUGGGAGAAAGAGGACGGGAGCCAGACGUGGUGAGCUAUACUAUCGUUAUCAGUGCGUUAUGUAGAGUUAAACGACAUGAUGAAGCAGUUGACAUGUGGAAAGUCAUGAUCAAGAGAGAUGUUAAACCAGAUAAUAAGGCGUGCAGGGCACUUAUGCUUGGGCUAUGUGACAUUGGGAAAGUUGAUUUGGCGUAUGAGCUCACCGUAGGAGACAUGAGGGGAAAGGUCUGCUUUGACACCGUGAUUUAUAAUGUGCUCAUUUGUGGUUUUUGCCGAGUAGGUAGGAUUGAUAAAGCACUAACACUCAAGAGUUUUAUGAAGAGGAAUGGUUGUGAGCCCGACUUAAUCACAUACAAUGUGUUGUUGAAUUAUUGUUGUAAUGAACUAUUGUUGGAUGAGGCGGAGAAAUUGCUGGAGAUAAUGCAGAGGAAUGGGAUGGAACCCGACAGUUACAGCUAUAACGAGCUUCUAAAGGGUUUCUGCAAAGCCAAUAGAAUAGAUAAGGCAUAUAUGUUGUUAGUUACCAAUAUGGAGGUCAAGGGAUUUGCAGAUGUUGUUUCAUAUAACACAAUUAUUACUGCUCUUUGCAAAUCUAGUGGCACUAGAAAGGCUUAUAAGCUCUUUGAGGAGAUGAGAAGGAAGGGAGUUGCUCCUGAUGUGGUGACAUUUACGAUUCUCAUUGAUUCUUUUCUGAAAGAAAGAAACUCCGUUGUAGCUAAGGCCCUUCUUGAUGAAAUGACAAAGGUUGACCUAUUUCCAAGUCUUGCGUUAUAUACAACCAUUAUUGACCAUCUAUGCAAAACUGGUAGAGUAAGCAUGGCUCAUGGUAUUUUUCAUGAUAUGGUGAAACAUGGAGUUGUCCCUGAUGCCAUAUCCUAUAAUGCACUUAUUGGUGGAUACUGCAAGACCUAUCAAGUUAGUGAAGCCCUGCGUCUAUUUAAGGAGAUGCAAACUGGAGGGAUCUAUCCAGAUGAAGUGACUUACAAGAUGAUUAUUCGAGGCCUUAUAAAGGAAAAGAAAAUUUCUUUGGCUUGUGAAGUUUGGGAUGAUAUGAUGAAGAAUGGAUUUACUCUUGAUAGUUAUUUGUCAGAGACUCUAAUAAGUGCUAUCAACUCAAGAGAAAUCUAACAAUUUGUAUAUUAUAUUCCUAAACAUUAUAUUGGAGUUCAACAGAAUCCAUUGAUGAAAUCACAAUUGCAGUCCUUCUGGUUGGUGCCAAAUGCUUUCUUAUUGAAUUUUUGCGUUUCCAGAAUUAAUGUUUCCUUUGGUCAGUGUUGAGUGUGGGUACAAGUUGACCCAUUUAUGAUAAAUAGGGAAUGGUAACAUAUAAAUUCUGGUCUUUUGGAUCGUUAAGGGUGCUCGGUACUUGCUUAGGUACUGCUGAGAGAUGGGUAUGGACAGAUCCUGAUGUGUUCUGAUGUUGGGGACAUCUGUCUGCAUCCUUGUUCUGAACUAGAGGAUCUUUUCUGAAGGCAUUUUCUCGACAUUAUUUAUUACCUUCUCCCUCCACUAUGAAAGAAGUCUCAUUUCUCUAGCUAAUGUGGGAUUGCAAGCUCUCUGUUUCUAAUGGAGGGUUGAAUUUUUUUAACAUGGUUGGAACUUGAAGAAGCUCCAACAGUAUUCUCUGUGGAAUGAAAAAGAAAAUCACUGGCAAAAAGUAUGGUGAUAAUCCAUGAGAUUUGGUUGAUCAACUAGAGAUUGAUGUGGUAAAGCGUUGAGGGUGAGUCGUAUGUAAACUUUCUGAAGAUAUGGUGAAUGACAAUUUUGCAUAAUUGGCAGAUACCUGAUUUCAUGCCUUUUGUUUUAGCUCCUAGCAGAGCUUUAGCCGAUACUGAGUUCCAUGUCUUUCAUUUUAGCUCCAAGCGGAACAGCACCCUGGCAAGUUUAGACGAACCUAAUAAGAAUGGAGAGAGUUAGGGAAAAUUGGGUGGAUAUGUCUACUUUUUUGCUUAGCAAUUUAGUGUCAAAUCUAGAAUGCCCACAACGCCCCGAGGAACUGUAAGAAAGCUUAUGGUUGAUGUUGCAAUAUAGAUAUAUGAUUUCAUUUAUAGCAUGUUGAUUUUGUUGCCAACCAUGCUAUGAUUAAAUGAGUCAAAGUUUCAUUUUAGUUACAAACUAGUGAAGUAGUGAUUCUUCUCUUCGUUUAUGAAUAUGGAUUUAUACAGUUGCCCUUGUUGCAUUGCUUAUACAGACUUAUGGUGAAAUCUAAUUCCACACGAAAUUUAUAGAA